AUGGCGCGUGGCCGCACGACCACGGGCCGCCAGAAGAUCGAGAUCCGGCCGAUCGAGGACGAGGACGCGCGCCAGGUAUGCUUCUCCAAGCGCCGCGUCGGGCUGUUCAAGAAGGCUAGCGAGCUGACAAUCCUCUGCGGCGCGGAGGCGGCCGCCGUCGUCUUCUCCCCCGCUGGCAAGGCCUUCUCCUUCGGCAACCCGUCCGUCGAGGCCAUCUUCGAGCGCUUCGAUCCGAGCGGGAUGGUGGCUGGGGGAGGAGGUGCCGGCGGCGGCGCCGGAGAGGACAUCAACCAGCUGGUGGCGGACCUGAACCGCCAGCACGACGAGCUGAGCGCGCGGCUGGACGCGGAGAAGGCGAGCAAGGAGAGCGCCGACGCGGCCAUGGCGACGGCGAAGGCGCGCUCUGCGCCGAGCCCUGUUGCGGCGUGGCUGGAGGGCUACGUCCGCGACAAGGAGGAGGAGGAGCUGAUGGAGUUCGAGGCGGCGCUGGAGGUGAUGCAGGCGCGCGCAAACCAGGAGCUCCAGGACGCCCUCAACCGCGGCCGCGACAUGGCGGCCAAGACCCGCUCCAACAUGGUUCCAGCUGUGACGGCACCGCAGCAGCAGCAGCCCCUCGGCAUGGGCGCCGCCGGCAAUGGUGGGUUUGAUUUCGAUGCAGGCAGCAGCAGCGCCAACGACGGCGCAGAGAUGGAUAUGCAGAUGCAGCUGAUGAUGGCCAUGACGCCCCCGCCGCCGGUGCUUGACCUGGACGACAUGGAGAUCGAGAUGCUUCUCCAGGGGUUCGACUUCACCCCCUAG